CUGUGACAAACCUGUGGAAAGAUGCUCACUUAAAGGACAACUACACCUCAUUGUGAUUCACGUAGCUGGUUCUGUCAGUUCUUUAUUGGGAGACACACUGUAGAGAUGACUCACCAGUGGCUUGGACAUCUGUGAUUCGAUAGAAGAUGAGGCUUGCUCAGUUUGUCAGACUUGUCAUUGCUCGUAAAGAUUGGUACCAUAGUCACAUAAAUCACACCGACAUGGACAACAAACUAUAGUAAUUUGUGACUGCUGCUUUUUGCACACCACACUUGCUAACAUUACUAACUACAUAAAUUAUAUUUUAGUUUGUUGUGAAUGGAUUUCAGUUAAUAACCAGUGCUGACAAUGUCACUGGGCGAGCAGUCUCAAAAGUGGUUUCCAACCCAUGUCCAAGCCACUAUUCUGCAAGCAACCGGUUUACAGCCCAAGGGCAAAAAUGGCACCAAUGAUGCCUUCACUAUCAUCCAGCUGGGCAAGGAAAAGUAUUCAACGUCAGUGGCAGAGAAGACACUUAACCCUGUCUGGAGGGAAGAAGCCUCCUUUGAAUUACCUGGACUACUUUUGGAGGGCAACCCAGAAGUAUACGAACUCUGCCUUACAGUGAAUCACCGCUCCUUGGUCGGGAUGGACAAGUUCCUGGGUCAGAGGACCAUCAACCUCAAUGAAAUAUUCGAUAACAAGGAGAGAAAGAAAACUGACUGGUAUUCCUUGGAGUCCAAGCCGGGGAAGAAGAGGAAAGAACGAGGUCGCAUCCAAGUCAGCAUUCAGUUCAUGAGGAACAACAUGACAGCCAGCAUGUUUGACCUCUCCAUGAAGGAAAAGCCCCGCUCACCUUUUUCCAAACUUAAAGACAAAAUGAAGGGCCGCAAGCACGACAGCGGCUUUGGCGACACGUCUUCAGCCAUCUUGCCUCGCUCUGCCGUGUGCGACUCGGAGCCCAGCCGUCCGUCCUUCGCCCCAGAACCACAACCUCAGCCUGAAGCAAAGGUCAAGAGACCGCUACUCGCUGGGGCCCAUAAACUCUCUGCAGCCCAUUCCAUGUCAGACCUCAUUGGGACCCACUUUCGACCCAAACUGGACUCCAUGAACUCCAUAGACGAGAGUGGAAGUACAGGUGGCCCUCACAGGCGUUCCCAGAGCGAGGUGCCAGGCUACCAAGACGACGAAGCACACAGUGACCCUUUCACUGAUAUCAGUGACACCCUGCCACAGAAGUAUGCCACGCUCCCACGCAACCGCAACCCAUUUGAGGGGGAGCACGGGCAGCUGUGGGACCGGGCGGAGCGGAAGGAGAAAAAGGAGAAGGUCAGCCUACUGGAACGCGUGACGGGAAAGAAGGAAGGCCGCAAGACCAGCAAUGGGGGGCGUUCGGGGAGCUCUGGAGACCUGCGUUCCCCCAAUCCUUUUAGUGGAGACUCACAAGCCGACACAAACCCAUUCAGCUCCAACUACAAAGCCAGUGAUAAAAAGCCAACAGGAAACGACAACAUGACCUUUGGCCAGAAGAAGAAGAAGGACAUCUUUGGCAAGAAAAAUGAGGUGACACAGGAAAGCGUGGCCGCCUACAGCAACUUGUCCUUUGAAGAGGUUGUUCAGGAACUCAUCAAGCAGAAAGAAGUGGUGAAAAAGAAAGACGCACACAUCAGGGAGCUGGAAGACUACAUAGACAACCUGCUUGUACGUGUCAUGGAGGAAACGCCAAGUAUUCUACGGACACCCUAUGAGCCUAAAAAGAAGGCGGGUAAACUUUCUAAGAAGUAGAAGUCACAGGGUGAGAAGUUACUAAUGAAGGUUAAGCAAUAGCUCAUGUAUCAGUAUCACGUGGUAAAAUAGGAGGGAACAAAUCGGACAAAUCAAUUUUAUGAUUGAGUUGUUAGAACAUUUUUAUUCCGAGUAUAGUUUUUAAAGACUUUUUUUAAUGUUUUGGUUAUUUUAGGUCAUGCAGGUGAUUUCUAUAUUUCUGCUUCCUUUACGAUUCCCUUUUUGCGUUUUUAGGUACUUAAACAGGAGACGCUAAAUUCUGCAGCUGAAUUCAAGUCAAAUCCAAUCCCAUGUUUUUGACUUUUAUGUUCUGCUACGUCGUAUGCACUUGUGAACCCACAAGGUCUGUUGCACAUAAAAGUUGCCAUCAUCUGCCGAGAAGCUCUUACAGUGCAAAUGCUGCCAAAUCCGUGUUUACCAGAUGCUGUCGUCGCACUUCUGGGCUAUUUGCUGAAAGAUGGUCAAGUGGUUGAUCAGACGAAGCUGUAGUUUCUGUGUUUACAAUCAAGUAUAAGUCUUAAACUCGCUACCUAAACUACGAUGCGCAUCUAUCAGAGGCAGCGUCGGCUUUUUUCCGAGCCUCCUCUAUGCUGCAGACGCGGAUGGAUUCAGACUGAUUCAUGAGGAAGACUGGAAAACGUGAGAAGUUGGUAUCUGGGAGUCUGGUCUCUCUGAAGCUUACUGAGUUGUGCUUUUAUUUUAUUUUUUUCCAAGAACAAAUGUACAUUCCUAUUAAUAUCAGUUACUGAGUUGACGUUCUUUAUUUAAUUUGUGAUGACUAUCAUUUAAUAUUCUCGGACCAAGGGUCUCGCAGUCGCUCGCUGGAGGUGAUCAUUUUACUGACUUUAAGUGCAAUAAUCACAUCUUAAACAUGUUGCUUUAUAUCCUGCUGAUAAUGUUCUUGUUUACAUUUUAAUCACAUCUCUUAAUAUUCAUUUGAUUUUUACAGCCUCUACAACCUUCAUCUCCUUUAAAUACAGUUUGUAUUAACGGUACCGAGCUGCACACGUCAGUAUAUGCUGAGCAAAAUUUAUUUAUAAAUGUUUUCAAGUUCAUUUACACAUAAAUAUUAUUUUAAUGUAUUUCAAAGGUACUUUAUUUUAGAAGCACUACUGUAUCCCGGUACCCCCCCUCCCUCAGUUAGUGCAAAUCUACAAAACCGAUUGUUCAUUUGAUUGACUCAGUAUUCACGUCAUUUAUAUUCUCGGCACAAAUUCAUCAUUUGCUGUGCCUCGGUAUAUUUCAGCAUUUUUUUGUUUUUGUUUUUGUUUUUUUUCAACGGUCCAAAUACUAAUAUGAGAUAUGAGUGUGUCUCAGCACUUCACUGAGUACUAAUGAGAAUCCGUUGAUAACUGUUCAAGGUAAACAACCAGCGGAUGUCGUUUGGGUCACAAAUAACAGUUUGACAGCCUAUGUCAGAAGCUAGCUGUCCUCAUGCUACUGUUUUGCCAUCACUUAUGUUGCCUCAGUCUUAUGACGCUAGUGUCAUAACAACAUAUGCUGUUUCCACAUUAAACGAUGCUCCGUAGUCGUGUCAGUUUAUCAGUUUGUACUGUUAAACGAAGCAUCUGUUUGAUCUUACUACCGGUACCAAAAUUAACUUCCAGUGUCGGAUAGAGGCCGAGGUUCACGCAUGCAUAUGUGCUUGUGCAAGAUGUUCAGCAGCAGCGUCGUCGCUAAAUGAUGGUUAGGUUUACAUUUUUACUUGUUUCUUCCAGUUUGAAGGAAAGCAGCUUCAUCUACAGUGUUAAACAUGCUUCGUAUUGACGUCACUGUCAUUCACUCAACAUUGCAAUUUGUAAUGAUAUAUCAAACUAUAUCAGAUGAUGAUCAAUCGUGUCCUGUUUGCCGGUAAUGUUUCUGGUAUUUAUAUCUUUUUUUUUUUUAAAUUGCUUUACAGUCUUAAAGUAUCUGACCUUUACACUGUUUGAUACCAAAUGACAGGUGAGACAAACUGCGACACUGUAUCUGUAGAUACUUUUAAUUUUUUCCAUGAAUGUUACACUACUCACAAACACGUGUUUUCAUGUAGUAAUUUUUUUUAUUUUCUGCUGCUGUGAAGGUACUUUUAUUGGAUUGUACGUGAUCUCUUUUGGGUUUGAAGCCAAAAUCUCCUGUUACUGAAUGUAUUCUGGCUGGCUUUGAAAUACGGAAAGGUAUAAUGAUAUAUAGUACACUGACAAGGCCAUUGACCCUCGUUUGCCUUUAAAGUAUUUGGUGUAUCCAAAGAGAUCAUUUCAUGGGUGUUUUUGUUCCUCUCUCUCUCUCUCUGCUGUUAAGUUGGACAAAACUGAGACACUUUGUUAUGGACAAACCGUUACUGUUGAUACAUAUGGUUUUGUGCAAUGAUGUGACACAGAUGUUGGCUAAAUUCCUUUGUAUUGGAAAAAAGGUUACUUUGUAAUGCCAAAAAUGUUUAAAUCAGUUUGUAAAAUCACGAGUAUUGUGUGAUGCUAAUUAAGAAGAUAUGUGGAUCCAUUUUCCAUGAUGGAAAAGCUUCUCACUGAUUGCCUUUCUCCAUUAGUUGAAGUGUAAUUUCAGUGUCUUCAUGUUUUUUAGGCUUUACCAGCUGCUUUAACUAGUCUGUGUUGGUAGUUGGCCAGGUGUUCAUGGACCUUUCCAAGCUCUUAAUACUUCCUUUUGUAUAUACUGUAUAGUCACUUUGUAAUAUUCCCUCUAGUCCUUAGAGUUUUUUUUGCACAUUUUAUCAGGCUGUAAAAUGUUCGAAAAUGUGCUUUCCGCGGCUUUAUUGUGUCUGAGGUUUAGUCAAAGUACGAGUUUAAUUAAACGAAAUUUCAAAAGUUGGUAUAAACAUAGAGAACCUGGCAAAACUAUUCUCCACCAUUUUUCAUUUGCGCUAAACUCCAUCACUAGCUGGCUAAGGGUGAUGCUCAGGCUUUUUUUGUAGCUGUAAAUAGUUUCUCUUCUUAGUGAACGUGUGGCUUUCUGGCAGCGGCAUUUUGUGUUGUGUGCAUCGGAGUAAAACUCAUAGCGUGUAUGGAACGGGCGGUUUACACUCAUGUCUACAAUGUGCCCUAAAGCCACCUCGCUUCACCUAAAUGACGAAAUAACAAAAGAUAAGAUCUGAGAACAUUUAAUGUCAGAUGCAUUUGGACCCUGAGGUUAUUUAGUUUAAAUGAAAAAUGAGGGGUGAGUAGUUCAAAUUGAUUACUUUUGCCUGUCAUUUUUUUUCUCUUUUAGCUUGAUUGAUACAUUUGCUUUAUGCUUUAACAUAAUUUGGUGUUUUGGUACAUGUCAUACUGAAACAUAAAUCUAAAUGAAAAGCAUUUUCUAAUCAUUUUCUAGCACAGCACUGUAAAGGCAUACAUCGCUUAAAAAAAAAAAAAAAAAAAAUCUGUAUGAUUAUUGUACUUCUUCCUGGCCUCUUUGCAUAACGUUUGUCAUCCAGUGUUUGAAUAUGCAAAGCACUCGAAAUGCUUAGAGGCAAAUUUUUUCCAAUAAAAGUUGUCCUGUGCCAUAGUUUAAGUUUAUAUAGAUCGUGUGCAUCGAAGUGUUGUAGGUAAAUGUCCGCCCUGUUCCGACAAACGGUGCAAACACACGGGGGUUGUUUCCUUGUUGACGAAGCAUGCAUUGAACCUUUUGAUGAAGAUGACAUAAAGCUCGAGUCGGAUCUCACAAUCCUCCUCUGGCAGUCUUUUAAGUCUUUUACUGAUAAUAUGAUGCUGCUUGCCAUAGGCCACAUACAGCUGCCAGACACUAAGACUUAAGCUCCAGCUAAAUCCCCUGACGGUGCUUGUAAUGUGGCACACAGUUUUGAAGGAAAUGAUGACUGUGUUUAUAAAAGAUCUCGCCAGUUAGCAGAGCUUCAUUGAGUUUACAGAAUUGUAUGGCGGCCCGUGCACAGAGGCCAACACAAUUAAACAUCGUAUGAGUUUAGUGCCCUGACACGGCGGACACCUAAAAGGACGUUUUGAUACUGACACGUUAGUCUACUUCUGAAUGUUCACUGUGUCUUGCAGUCCGUUCAGACACAUGCCUUGUAUUGUAAUGAGUUUGAUUAAAUGGGUGUUUGGAUUCUUGUCAUUUCUGCAUGUCAGUCACACGUUUUGAUUACGUAACACUAACACUAGAUAAAUUAUAUGACUUUUCCUGAUCUAGAAACCUUUAAUCCACUUGGUUGGGUUCAUUUUUUUUUAAACCAAACCUCAUCACACAGCAUCGUUGUAAUGUAUUCACCUCUGAACUGUACAGUGUAUAAGUUGGUUUACAAAUGUGACGGUAGGUUAACUUCUUUUUUGUUUUAAUAUUUUCACACUGUAGCCAAUAUGCAAGACUUUCAUACAUGGAUGUUUGGGGACAAGAAUGUAUGCUUUUUUUUGUAUUGUAGUUCUGGAAACACGUUGGGGGUGUAGAAGAUUGUAUGUAUUAUGACGACAGUAUGACGCUGUUGAUGGUGACUGUAUGUAAAGUGCCAACAGAAGCACUAAUUCACAAGAAUGUGGUGAUGCAUUUCUCCAUGUGCUACAGUUUGUAAUAUUGACUUUUAGAUAUUAUCACCACCAUUAUAAUCAAUUUCCAACGUUUCACUGGAUGUAGCUUGAAAGGCACAAGCAAGAUUGUAUUGUCCUUUUCAAUAAACUCACUGUAAAGGAAAA